GUAUAAAGUAUAAAGUUCUUGUGACAAUGUAUAGCGCCCCCUUGACCUGCGCGGCUGUUGCUGAGGAUACUUGGGAAAUUUCAUUCAAGAUUUUUUUUGUCAAUGGGAGACUUGUGAAUUUCGCUUCCACUCCAGGUGUCACUGACGUCACCAACGAGGCGAUAAAUAUCUGGGCAGAUAAUUGGAUGUGAGAUUCAUUGUUGUGAUCGCAGAUCUCUGCCCAUUGCUCGGAGGAGCCAUUAUUUAUUCAGUAGAGGAUCAGUACGCAAUAGUUGUCAGGAGAGCGUCAGCUUAUUAGGCAAGAGCUGCGUGAUCGUGGAAGAGGCUCUGAGCUAUAAAAUCCGGCAACAAGGCUUCUAGUGUAAGGGAUUCCGGUCACUACAUCCAGAUAUGUCCUGCUGAGGAAGACAGAGGGACCAGAGCUGCGCACACAGAGCUCCUACCUACCUUCCAUGCUCUGAUACUGUCCGUCCAGGACCCUCCUGAGCGAGUUUCCCCUGCACGUCUUUUCCGUUACAGAUCCGUUUUUUGGGGGGUAACAUGAAGUUCCAGGUGUCGGUGUGUAUGGGGAUCCUCUUGGUCGCCCUCCUCCCCUGCCAGGAGUGCAGAGCCUUCAGCAAACCUCCAGUCUCCUCUGCUGGGGCUCCCCCUCCUCUUCUGUCUGAGUACCAGCCCUUUUUACUUCGUAUGGGAGAAGAAUAUUUCCUCCGCCUGGGGAACCUCCACAAGUAUCCCCCAAGUUCUUUACUAGGAGCAAGCCGCCUCCAAGACCCUUCCUCAGGUAACUUUGUCAGGGCUUUGCAGCAGCUGCAGCCUCAGCAGUGGGGUGGGCAGCAGCAGCAGAGAGCUGGGGUCCUUGAAGGAGCAGAUUCCCCCCCAUACAGUGUCCAGGAGGAACCUACAGAAAGAGGCAAACGAGCCGAGGAGCCUCCCAUAUCCUUGGAUCUCACUUUCCAUCUGCUCCGGGAGGUCUUGGAAAUGGCCAGAGCUGAACAGAUAGCCCAGCAAGCCCACAGCAAUAGGAAACUGAUGGACAUCAUUGGGAAAUAACCCAUUGUCACCUGCCAAAGAGUUUCCUGCAUCUAGCACAAACUAUACAGUAUGACAGUGUUUCCCAACCAGGGUGCCUCCAGC